AUGUUAUUGUUGGGUAAUAUAAUGAUUCAGUCGUUCAGGUAUAAUGGAAUUGGUGGUGACGGAGGUGAUGUUUAUAUGGUCGGACGGCCAAAUUUCAAUUUUCGUCAAAUGCGUAAAGAGCUCGGUGGAAACAAGAGAAUUCAAGCUGGAAAUGGCGAAAAUGCAUUGUAUACAAAACUGGUUGCGAAAAGAGGUGAAGAUGCGGAGAUCCACGUUCCGGUUGGUAUCGAAGCAAUUGAUCCAGAGACAAACAUCUUAAUUGCUCGAUGCAAACGUGCAUUUCAUCGAUAUCUGAUUGCACGAGGUGGUCAAGGUGGAUGUGCCGACAAUCAUUACCAAGGGAGACGUGGCGAUCGUAUAAUGAUUGAAUUUCAUUUGAAAUUGCGACCGAAUAUUGGGCUCAUUGGAUUUCCGAAUGCCGGUAAAUCGACUUUGAUGAAGGCGCUCAUACCUGAGAAGAAAACGAUUAAAAUCGCGAGUUAUCCGUUCACCACUGUAAAACCUCAGCUUUGCUAUAUUCGUCGAUUCAAUAAUGGUAACAAUGACGGCACACAAUCUUCAUCGUUGAGUGAUGCUCACUCAACGCAAGAUUACACCGAUGAAUUCAGUCUUUCAAUAGCUGAUCUGCCAGGUAUAAUCGAAGGUGCAAGUUCGAAUCGUGGAAGAGGAUUAUCCUUUCUAAAGCAUCUCGAUCACAGUGAUAUGCUUCUUAUGGUAGUCGACGUUACUGGCUUCAAACUUGACGCUUCACCAACUGAGCCAUUCAGAAGUGCAUUAGAGACAGUGGCGUUGUUGAACAUUGAAUUGGAGCGAUACAAUCCUUACUUGACACAGAAACCAACCGUUUUGGCGAUUAACAAAAUCGAUUUACCCGAUGGAGAAGAGAAAGCGAGGCGGCUCGUUGACGUAUUACGAUCAACGAAUUGGCCUGAAGCCGUGGACAAGGAGUUGAGACCGCAGAGGCCGUUGCUAUUUGAUGCACUAAUUCCGGUCGCCGCGAAAGAGAGACGAAUUGCUGAUCUGAAUUCCAAACUGAGAAGUAUUUAUUUGACGUUACAUCAUUUAAGGGAUCCGUUUAGUGAAACGUGCAAUAAUUUAAAUUCAAAAUUGGUCUAA